UUCUUGAGGCGAUCUAUCACGUUGUACUUGAACGCACCUCUCUGUCAGUUGGAACUUUCUAACCGUCAGAUGGCGACAUUUUCACAAGGCACGGUUUGCUUUCGACACAAUGAACUUCGGUAGGAUUAACCAGACUUUUCAGAGCAUAACUAAAAGGACAAGUGUGCUGUGUGUGUCAGAAAGAUACAUAUAUACAGCUAAGGUAAGACAGGGGGGAACAAUUAAGCUAGUUUAGUGUUAUUGGGGCUAAUUUCGAGCUAACAACAAACAACAAGCGGAUAUUGUUUUAAAAGUCGGGAUUCGUUUUUCCUCAUCCAGCUGAAGACAACACCUUCCUGCACUAAACCCUCAUGUUCUCCACGCAGAGGGACGUUUUCUGCCUUUAAAGUGUCCGUUUUCACCUUAACACACCAUAUGUGUUCAAGCUGUCAGAGCGUUUUUCAAUAUUUCCUCGCAUAUGUUCUACAUUCCUCUUGUCGUAAUAAGCUUUGCUUGGAAACUCGCAUUUUGACAAAUGAUAUUAGUUGUUUUAAUGUAUUCGUAGUGUAAGCCUAAAUCACAUCCAUGUAGCCCCUCCUCUCUCGUUGUGCUGCUGAACAGCCACACAGAGAGGCAGUCUGACAGCCAACACACAGGAUCUGCACACACGAGCACCAGGAACAGGAUCAAGUGUGAGGACACAGGACACACAUCUCACUUCUUGGACUGCGUCAAAAGGAGUAAAGAGAUUGGAGCUGAGUGGAUGUUCUCCUUGUGUUUGUGAGUAAAUGCUGUAAGUGGAUCCUUCCUCACUCUGGACAACACUUUCUCUGCUCUAGCACUAUGGAAGCUAAACAGUCAAGUCCAGCUUUACUAAGGUAUGUGUUGAUUGAAUAGUUUAUGUCAGAGAAAUAAUAAUAAUAAUAAUAAUAAUAAUAAUAAUAAUGGUUGAACCAGUGGGGUUUGUGGCGGCAUGGAGAGCCCAGUUCCCUGAGUCUGACCCCCCUUGCAUGGAGCUGAACUCGCUGGGCAACAUUGAACAAGAGCUGGACAAAUGCAAGACAUCCAUCAGGCACUUGGAGGAGGAGGUCAACAAGGAGCGCUUUCGGAUGAUCUACCUGCAGACUCUGCUUGCAAAAGAGAGGAAGUCGUAUGAUGGGCAGCGAUGGGGAUUUAAAAGCGCACCCCACAUGAAUGAUGGAGAUUUGCCCAGUGGUCCGGACAGCCAGAGGCUCCACGCAGAUGAGGCUAAACCACAUCCGGAAGCGGAGGUGGAUUGUGCAUCUCUGGGUAAACACAAAGGUGGGGUGUCACCCGUUCGCCAGGAGUCAGAGAUUCCUGAUUUCCCCCUGGGCACAGGCUCGGUGGCAGCUCUGAGAUCCAACUUUGAGCGCAUCAGGAGGGCCAACUCUCACACGGCCGGAGACGGCAGAGGGUUGUCAGUGAUGGAGAAACCUUUCUAUGUGAACAUGGAGUACCAUCACGAGCGAGGCUUGGUCAAAGUCAACGACAGGGAGGUCUCGGACAAGAUCAGCACCCUGGGCAGUCAGGCCAUGCAGAUGGAGCGCAAGAGGUCCCUGCACUCCCUCCCAGGUAACCUGUCAGCUGCCACAGGGGACAUCAGCAGGGCUGUGCAGAGAGGCAGAUCCACCGAGGGGAACUACAACGGCUCGUAUGAUGACGCCGAGGUCAGCCCACACUUCCGCUCCACUGGGGGGAAGUCUGAGUGCCAGCCUUACACCAGUGUGUAUGUUGGGGGAAUGAUGGCGGAGGGGGACACUCGAGUUAUCCACAUUAGGGACCACAGCAUCGAGGAGGAUGCACACCUCACCUGGCCGAGGUGCUCCUACUCUCCCGGCAGCUUUGAUGACGUAGGAGUAGGAGGAGGCUACACGCCCGACUGCAGCUCCAACGAGAACCUAACAUCCAGCGAGGAGGACUUCUCCUCGGGCCAGUCCAGCCACGUGUCUCCCAGCCCCACCACCUAUCAGAUGUACCGGGAGAAAAGCCGCUCACCCUCCCAGCACUCCCAGCAGUCCUUUGACAGCAGCAGCCCGCCCACACCGCUGUCUCAGAAACACCUGAAGCAGCAGGUGACGGUGUCCGAGGCCUCCAUCAUCGGGGUCCGUAAAACAGGCCAGAUCUGGCCCAGCGACGGGGACUCCACCACGUCCAGCAGGAACUCUCAUGACAACGGUGUUCCAGGAGAUCUGGAGGCUCCAUACAGCGAGACCCCUCCGUCCUAUGGAUAUGAGCUGGAGCACUCGGAGCCUCGCCACGACCCUCUAUCCUUCACCGGAUCCCCGACCUCCUCGCCGCGACUCCGCUCCAAGAGCCGGAGCAGCAGAGACACCCAGUCCUCGGGCUCUCUGGAGUCCACGCUGUCGGUGGAGUUGGAGCAGGAGAAAGGGCUGGAGAUGAGAAAGUGGGUUCUGUCAGGAAUCCUGGCCAGUGAGGAGACUUAUCUCAGCCACCUGGAGGCUCUACUGAUACCCAUGAAGCCUCUGAGGGCCGCAGCCACAACUUCACAACCGAUGCUGACCAUCCAGCAGAUCGAGACCAUCUUCUUCAAAGUGCCGGAGCUUCAUGAGAUCCACAAGGACUUCUUUGAUGCUCUGCUGCCGCGGGUCCAGGACUGGAGCCACCAGCAGUGUGUGGGCGACCUCUUCCAGAAGCUGGCGAGCCAGCUCGGAGUGUAUCGUGCCUUUGUGGAUAACUACAAGGUUGCUGUGGAGACGGCGGACAAGUGCUGCCAGGCAAACGCUCAGUUUGCAGAGAUAUCUGAGAAUCUCAAGGUCAAAAGCACAAAGGACUGCAAAGACCAGUCGGCUAAGAGUUCACUGGAAACUCUUCUCUACAAACCUGUGGACAGAGUGACGCGCAGCACGCUCGUCCUGCAUGACCUCCUGAAGCACACGCCUGCCAGCCACCCGGACUAUCCGCUGCUGCAGGACGCUCUGCGCAUCUCUCAGAACUUCCUGUCCAGUAUAAAUGAGGAGAUCACUCCGCGCAGACAGUCCAUGACAGUGAAGAAGGGAGAGCACCGUCAGCUGCUGAGGGAUCGCUUCAUGGUGGAGCUGCUCGAAGGCUCCAGGAAACUCCGCCACGUCUUCCUCUUCACCGACCUGCUGCUCUGCACCAAGCUGAAGAAACAGGCUGCGGGAAAAGGGCAGCAGUACGACUGUAAGUGGUACAUCCCUCUGGCCGACCUGACCUUCCAGACCAUCGAGGACUGCGAGUCCACCCCCAUCCCUCUGGUGCAGGACGAGGAGAUCGACGGCAUGAAGAUCAGAAUCUCCCAGAUCAAGAAUGACAUCCAAAGAGAGAAGAGAACCACCAAAGGACCGAAGGUGAUGGAGCGACUGAGGAAGAAGUUAUCAGAACAAGAGUCUCUGCUGCUUCUCAUGUCGCCCAACAUGGCGUUCAGAGUGGCCAACAGAAACGGCAAGGGCUUCCUGUUUCUCAUCUCUUCGGACUACGAACGUGCCGAGUGGAGGGAGAUCAUUCACGAGCAGCAGAAGAAGUGCUUUAAAAGCUUCUCUCUGACCUCCCUGGAGCUGCAGAUGCUCACCAACUCGUGCGUGAAACUGCAGACUGUGCACACCAUCCCGAUGACCAUGAAUAAAGAAGAUGAUGAAUCUUCCGGGUUGUACGGCUUCCUGAAUGUCAUCGUCCACUCUGCGUCAGGGCUGAAACAGAGCUUAAACCUGUACUGCUCUCUGGAGGUGGACUCAUUCGGCUACUUUGUCAACAAAGCCAAAACUCGCGUGUACAGAGACUCCACGGAGCCCAACUGGAACGAGGAGUUUGAGAUCGAGCUGGAGGGCUCUCAAACCGUGAGGCUGCUCUGCUACGAGAAGUGCUACAACAGAAGCAGGCAGAGCAAAGAGGACGCCGACAUCACAGACAGGAUCCUGGCCAAAGGACAGAUCAAGCUGGAUCCUCAGACGUUGCAAAACAAAGACUGGCAGAGGACCGUCAUCGCCAUGAACGGAGUUGAAGUGAAGCUGUCGAUGAAGUUCACCAGCAGAGAGUUCAGUCUGAAGCGAAUGCCUUCGAGGAAACAGUCCGGCGUCUUCGGAGUGAAGAUCAACGUAGUGACCAAGCGAGAACGCUCGAAGGUCCCCCUCAUCGUGAGACAGUGUGUGGAGGAGAUUGAGCGGCGAGGGAUGGACGAGGUGGGAAUCUACAGAGUGUCUGGCGUCGCAACGGACAUCCAGGCACUGAAGGCCGCUUUCGAUUCAAACAACAGAGACGUGUCUGUCAUGAUGAGGGAGAUGGACGUGAACGCCAUCGCUGGAACACUGAAGCUGUAUUUCCGAGAGCUGCCGGAGCCUCUGUUCACCGACGACCUGUACCCCAACUUUGCUGGAGGCAUCGCUCUGUCUGACUGUGUGGCGAAGGAGAGCUGCAUGCUCAACCUGUUGCUGUCUCUCCCGGAGCCAAACCUGGUGACCUUCAUGUUCUUACUGGAUCACCUGAAAAGAGUGACUGAAAACGAGAGCGUCAACAAGAUGUCGUUGCACAACCUGGCCACAGUGUUCGGCCCCACGUUGCUGCGGCCCUCUGAGAAGGACAGCAAGAUCUCCAGCAGCUCACAGCCCAUCUCCAUGAACGACAGCUGGUCCCUCGAGGUCAUGUCUCAGGUUCAAGUCCUGCUCUACUUCCUUCAGCUGGAGGGCAUCCCAACACCCGACAGCAAACGUCAAAGCCUUCUCUUCUCCACUGAAGUAUAACAGGAACAUGAUGCACUAAAUGUUCUGCUCAGAGGCAGAAUAUCUGCGGCUUAAUGAGGCGGAUGCUGCUGAGCAGCCGUGUCUCUCUGGUUUACUGUGACGAUGCUAGAUGCAGCCACCAGGUGGACCCAGCAGCACAGUGUGGACUGGAAACAGCCGCCGUCACCAAAGUGUGAGGAGCUCGCCUGCUGCGUCAGGAAACCCGAUGUGAUGUAUGGACGAUGUAUAUCAUUCCUUUUUUAAUUUAAGGUUAUUUUACUGUAUAUGUCCCACUGCUGUGCACAUUCGCUCCGUGUUCACAGGAGCGUCUGCUGUAGUAAGAUUUACUUCUGUGGAUGAAUGAACAUUUGAUUGUUUCCAUGACUGUGCCAAUGUUUCCCUGCUGAUGACCAAUAGGACAUUACCCUAAAUGUUUACACACAAUGCUCAUUUUCUACUUAUUUUAAAAGUAAGCGACUGAAAACUGUAGUUAACACAGCAACGUGCGGGCAUGUUGACCUAAACAUUUCAAGUGUGCAGGUGUAGGGACUUUAUUCAGUCUGCAGGUUUCUCCUGGUGGUGUCGAGAAACUGUGAUGCAGAUAUGCUCUUUGUGGAAGUGGUACAGAGAAGAAAUGAGGCCAAUCAUUCCAGGAAAUGUAUGCUGUGCUGUGUUUGACGUAAAGUUCACAGUUUCUGGUCCAUAUUUCAUGUUCUGUGUCCACGUCUUUCCCCUGAUUUGAUUUAUUCUGUACAUGUGUUUGUUCCUGCUGCAUUCCUUCUCUGUAGUCUACCUGUCGACACACACUGCUGUAGAACGCACCUGGAGAUGAUCUCAGAUACCAAAUGUUCCCCUGUAGGACCUUUAAAGUGAUUCUCUCCUGGCGUAUGCAUAAACCUUGUUACUUACUGACAAUACACUGUGUUCUUGCAUUAAUAUUUUUAUUUUCCAAAUCACUGCAAGUAUUCAAACACUUGUUAGCACAAAAUAUAACCUCUUGGGAUUUCUGUCAAAUAAGCAAUAACUCUGUGAUUCUUAGGAUGAGGCUUCUUCUAUGUUUCAUGUAAAUAAAAACUUAGUAACAUUA